UUGACAAAUGUCGAUUCGACAAAGGUUAAUUCAAUUGCUGUUUGUUUUGGUUGGAUUGUGCGUGUUUACAAUGUUGAAUCUCUGCAGAUAUCGCAAUACAUGUAUAAUGAAUAGACUGACGAUAUUUUCGAUCUUCCUUUCUAGGUUACAAUCAUCCAGCAUUAGUGAAAGUGAUGACCAAUCCAAAUAAUGUGAGUGCAUUUGUCAACCGGCCGGCACUUGGUAUUCUGCCACCUGAGAACUUUCCAGACAAACUGAUCGAGAGCCUGCUAUCGAUUGCCCCCAGCGGGAUGACGCGAGUACAAACCAUGGCCUGUGGUUCCUGCUCCAAUGAGAAUGCUUUCAAGACCAUGUUUAUCUGGUACAGAGUGAGUGCACUUUCCUCAGUUUGCUCUUGCGCGGACUUGAUGUGUCAUGAGGACCCACACAAAGCACAUCUGCUUUAUGUACUCUAG